AUGUCGAAUACGCCCCCCCUAGAAGCAGGAAAACUAGAGACUGCCCCCAGUGAACUUUCUAUUGUGAGCCGAGGAGAUAAAGACACCCUCUGGGCUACACCCUUAGAACUAGCAGUCUGUUGGAUUGAAGAGGUGGUCAAGAUGGCGUUCCUCCAACCUCGGUGGAGCCAGAUGUCGUUUGGUGAUGAACCAGUCCAUGAGGAGUACCCACCAGAGAACCAGAUCUCCCAAGUGUUGAAGAAAAGUGGGCCCUCUGUAUUUGCUACCAUGCCGGAGGCAGUGGAUUCCUCCCUGAGCAAGAAAGCCAUGCCGCCUACCUUGUCUAGCAUCCCGGAGGUUCUGGAGAAGACUAAAUGGCUUUUACUGAAAACAACCACGCACCGCACAACAACACACUCCACACUACAUACAACACACAGUAGUACUAUACACACUACUACAACUCAUACCACUGCCCAUACUAACCACACGACUACACUACAUCCCACUACACACACAUCUACACCACACACAACUACACACAAUAACCACACAACUACACCCCUUCCCACUACACACAAUAACCACACAUCUGCGACACAUACAACCGACACAUCUACACCACACACAACUACACACAGUAACCACACAUCUACACCACACACAACUACACACAGUAACCACACAACUACACCCCAUCCCACUACACACAGUAACCACACAACUACGCCACACACAACUACACCCCAUUCCACUACACACAGUAACCACACAACUACACCCCAUCCUACUUCACACAGUAACCACACAUCUGCACAUACAAACCACACAUCUACACCACACCUUACCACGGCUACAAGUCCCACCACGGUGCCUCCUUCUACAGAAUACAUAGUUAAUGGCACCAACAACGUAUGCUUGAGGAUAACAGCAUCCUUCAAAAUAUCGUUCAAUGAUACCACAAAGAGAGAGAUUGUGAUCCCACCAGCCCCGAGCACUCAAGCAUCUGGAAACUGCUCUGCAGAGAAAGCUUGGCUGACCCUGACUUUUCCACAAGGAGAAGUCACCAUGACCUUCAGACAGGACACGGAAGGGAACAAAUUCUUCCUGGGCGAAGUGAAUAUAACCCUGAAGAAUACAGGACCUGAGAAAUCUGAUAACACGAGUCUUAAGGCCAUGGUUACUCCUCUUGGACGUUCCUUCUCUUGUGAAAAGGUGGACAUUCAAGUGACCUCAAAAGUCUUCUUCUCAGUCAUGAAUGUCAGGGCUCAGGCCUUCAAACUGGAAGGAGGAACCUACGGACGAGAAAUGAAAUGUUCUAAUGGACCGCCCAGUAUGACAGUCCCGAUCGUUGUUGGGGUCAUCCUGGUGGCACUGGUUUUGAUUGUUGUUAUCGCUUACAUUGUCGCCCGUCAGCGGAGUCAAAGAGGUUACCAACCACUAUGAGGGCCACCCAGGAAGGAAGUGCCAUGUCCCCGCACCAAACACCAUUAAACAUAUCUUCUCUGA